GUCGUGGCUAACAUCGCUACCUCCGCAACCCCUCUUGAUGCCUCUCUCCCAGGCUGUCGGAAGCGCUCCAGUCUCGACGACACUUCGAAACAAAAUGGUAGAGCCACAAGCAAACGAGGCUGCAACAUGGGAAACCGGUGUCCCAGGUUCUCAUUAUGCCGGCAGAUAUCGUUAAGUCACCUCACUAUGCAACAGGGAAGCGCUUCUCCAAUACGUCCGGCUUGUGAUGCAGAUGUCGCCUCUUGCCCUUUGGCCAGCACUGGCUUUGCAACGCAGAAAUUCCGGGCUUGAAAUCGGAUUCUCGCGUCAGACGACGCUGGUUUUGCCUUCAAUGGGGCAGCCAGGUAGCCUAAUGUUGGGGUAUACGCAUGGAACUUCCCUCAAUCUGCACACCACGGAACUGAAAGGUCGAUUGAGGGAAAGGCCAUGACACAGUCUUUCAGCUCUGCCGCAUUCCAGCUUUGUGGGCAGGGCGGGCUAUUAUGUGGGGUCGGUUGGGGAAGCCUCGAGCAGACGGCGCGUUGAAAUACCAGACAACCAGGGCAUGGAGCUCUGAAGGGUCGCCUUUCAAUUCCACCCUGGAAGCACGGCUGAGGAAGAAAACCCUCCUGCCCUUCAUAAAGAUGAACAGCCGCAUCAACCAGCUUCUCGUUCUGACGAGCUUCUUUGCCAGCACUACUGUCUCUCGAGCUUCGAACGGAACGGCCAACAACCUCAUUGUGUCCAUCCCACCGAGCGACACUGUUGUACUUCCGCCCACUUUCUCAAGCAACUACUCCCUCUCUUUCGUCGAUACUGUCUUGCCGCCUUCGUCUUCCGUCAAUAGUCUCUUGGCUCAUGCGGACAACGCCACCUUCAUCUCCUACUCGCAGGCCUUCCUGAACAUCCUUGGAUCCUCCCCUUCAGUUCGCCGCAUCGCUGGACCCCUCGAGGCGGAAUUCGCUUACGAAGCGGGUGUCUACGUGCCAGAGCUUAACAGUGUGUGGUUCACCGGUUCUGAUCCCACGGAGACCAGCUUAACAUCGUUUCAGUCACCCCGUAUCGUGCUGAACAUCAACCUCACCAGCCAUGAAGUUUCUGUGCCCAACCUCACGGAGCCCGUGCUAGUUGCCAACGGCGGAACCUACCACAAUGACAUGGUCUACAUAUGCCAUUGGGGAAACUAUACGUACGCCGGCGGGAUCUUGGCCAUUGAUCCCAGGACAGGCAAGACCACGACGGUGAUCAACUCAUAUUUUGGCCUGCGCCUUAACGGUCCAGACGACGUGGCUUGGACCUCUGGCCCAAACAAUGAAUCAGACGCCGUAAUGUUUUUCUCGGAUGUCGACUACAGCGCUCAGCUCAACUUCACCGGCCCCGCGCAGCUUCCCAAUGCUAUCUGGCGUUUCGAUCCAACAUUGAACUCUCUCCAGCCCGUGAUAUCGCGUGCGGAGAUCAACUCACCCAACGGUAUUGCUGUGUCGCCGGACGGAAAAAGACUGUACGUCACAGACUCGCCUGUGUCGAAUCUACAGGGCCACGGUCCCGGAAACACCACGGGCUCCGCGGCCGUAUUUGUUUGGGAUCUUGACGAGACAACAACGCCCGUGAACAAACGCAUGUUCUCACUUGCGAGGACGGGGGUGCCGGAUGGUAUCAAAGUUGACAGAAAGGGCAGAGUUUGGACGGCCGAGACAGAGGGAAUAGUGUGCCGGGAUGCGAAUGGAAGGGUGCUCGGGUUGAUCAAUGCUAAGAUGUUGGAUCAGACGGAUGUCCCAAUUGCGAAUUUCGCUCUCGCUGGGAAUAGAAUCGUGGUACUCGCCGUGGACCAGAUUUGGGAGGUCACGGUGAAGGAGGAAUUGAGCUGGCAAGGAUGAAAGUGUCUGGCGUGAUAACCUUGGAAUGCUACGGAGUAUCUUUCACGAAGUUAGUCCUACCUAUUCAGACAAGGCUGCAGCCUCGUAGCCUUACUCCGCACAGUAUCAGGAACCUCGGCACUUCCCUGGGUGGCCGGCUUUCAACGAAGCGAGAGACGAG